AUGUAUAGAUCUGGACAAGAAGCAAACUGCUACAUCUUAUAUAUAUACACACAGUCUUUGCAGCAUGUAAAGUACAAAAUGGCUGUCUGGGGAAACAGGCACUGUCAAAGACAACUAUUUCAAAUAUUGCUGUAUGCUGUCCUUAUACUCGGUAUUGUUGGACUCUUUUCACAGAUCCUGUAUUUAUCUUCGAAGUUACGGAAUUUAUCCCAUCCUGAUGAUGACCUUUACAUUUCCAACGACACACAACAAAAUGAAAACACUAAACCAGUAAAAUUUUUAUCCUACAGAAAGAAUUUCUCAUAUCCUUUAGACGUGGAUAUUGCUUAUCUUGUGAAUGAAAAGAUUCAGUAUAAUAAUUCAAUUCCACAUAAACAGAUCAAUCCACAUCCAUUUAAAUACAUGAAUCUUCCUGAUGCAUGCAACUUCAGCUUGGGUGAAAAUGGUUUAACUGAAAACGAAACAAUUCUUGUGUUGGUAAAAUCUGCGGUAAGACAUUACAGACUGCGUGCUGCUUUACGUUCAAUAUGGAGGUCUUGUAAUGAUCCAGGCAUUAAAAAGGUGUUUUUGUUGGGUUACGAUGGGAUCAACCAAACCCAGAUUAACAUGGAGAGUCAAACUUUUGGUGAUAUAAUACAGGAAGACUUUGUGGAUGUUUACAGAAACAAUACUUUUAAAACAAUAAUGGGAUUUAACUGGGCAUUAACAUUCUGUACCAAAUUAAUGUUCCUUUUCUUCAUGGAUGAUGAUUACUAUUUGAAAUUAUCAGAACUGGCUCACUAUCUCCGAAAAAUUCCUGAAGAAAAUCGCUACAACAUAUUUAGGGGGUCACUUUCCAAGACUGGAGUGCCAUACAGAGACAGAAAUACUCGUUGGUAUGUUACUGCUGAGGAGUAUGCAUUUGAUCAGUAUCCUCCAUACAUUGGCGGAGGUGCAUAUGUUGUUUCUUAUGACGUUGCAGAAAGACUCCAUCUUGCUUUUCCUUUUAUUAAAUACUUACCUAUUGAUGAUGUGUAUCUAGGUAUUGUGGCACACAAGCUCAUGAUCACUCCUCGCCGCGAUAUCAAGUUUCAGUCAUAUUACAGAGGUGCUAUUGCCAAAGAGUGUUCCCAUGAUGCCUCAGAACUUAUAAGACAGAAUUGUCCCCUUGCUCGGUUUGGAUAUAACAUGUAUAUACAUCAAAACAAAAGAAAUGCAAAGAACACCAAAGUCCUUUGGGCACUAAUAAUAACAAUUUGUAUUCUUUGUGUUGUCUGCUGUUGUAUUGCAUUUCCAGUGAUACUGCAUAUAUACUGUGACAGACUUUAUGAAAAAAACAUCAUGAGUGAGCAAAACCCUGGUAGGAAGCAGAUACGGAAAAAAACAUCUUCUAAACUGACAAUAGUAUAUGAACAUCAGUGA